CCAAAUACCAAAGAUUUUUUCAUGUCUUCAUGCUGCACCCUUAGUAUUUAACUUCACAUUUCAACACCUAAAAUCCACACAUCUUGAUAGCUAGAUACACUGAAACUGAGAUACUCUUAGGAUGGCUUACAUGUUUCCGAGACCGCUCCUAUGUGUUCUCGUAACAAUUCUUUUCGUUCACGAUUUAUGCCUUGUUGAAACGUCUACAAAGUAUGCUUUUAUGAAAGAAGCAACAAAAGCUCCCAAAGUUUCAUUCUAUGACUACAUUGUCAUCGGGGGAGGCACGGCUGGAAUCCCGUUAGCCACCACGUUAUCUGCAAACUACUCGGUUUUACUUCUCGAACGCGGUGGCUCACCUUACGGAAAUCCCAACAUUACCCAAGUAAUGAAUUUUGGAUCCUAUUUCUUGGAUACAUCUCCAAAUUCUCCCUCUCAGCGGUUUAUUUCAGAAGGAGUUAUAAACGCGCGUCCGCGAGUCUUGGGUGGUGGUACUGCUAUUAAUGCUGGUUUUUAUUCGCGUGGCGAAUCAAAGUUUAAUAAGGAAGCUAGAUUAAUGGACAAAAGAUUGAUUCGCGAGUCUUACGAAUGGGCAGAAAAGGUAAUGGUUUCUAAGCCUGAACCGAAGAAGUGGCAGUCCGCGUUUCGAGCUGCACUAGUGGAGGCUGGAGUCAAACCCGACAAUGGGUUUAGUUAUGAUCAUAUCGUUGGGACUAAACUGGCUGGUUCGAUUUUUGAUGAACAUGGGACGCGACAUACCGCUGCUGAUUUGUUGCAAUAUGCAAAUCCUAAAGGGUUGUCUGUUCUUCUACAUGCAACUGUUGAAAAAAUCUUAUUUAAGACCAAAGGGAAAUCAAGGCCGUUGGCUUAUGGCGUCGCGUUUAAAGAUUCAUUCGGGAAUAAGCACAAGGCUUAUCUAAAAGGUGGAAAAAAGAAUGAAGUCAUAUUAUCUGCUGGUGCUCUAGGAAGCCCACAACUUUUGAUGUUGAGUGGCAUAGGUCCAAAAGAACAACUUGAUGCCCAUAAGAUUAAAAUCGUGCUCGAGCAACCUUUUGUUGGUAAAGACAUGGCGGAUAACCCAAUGAACACAAUCUUCAUUCCUUCUCCUGUUGCAGUCGAGCCAACCAUAGUCCAACUUGUUGGUAUUACUCGGUUUGGUAGCUACAUCGAGGAUGCUGGUGGAAAUAAUUUUAUCUUCGCGGACCCAUCAGCUUAUCAGGGAUUUUCCCCUCAGAUGGGCGGGUUUAUGAUUGAGAAAAUUAGCGGUCCACUAUCAAAAGGUGAACUAAGGAUUAAAAACCUUAAUCCAGCUGACAACCCGUCGGUAACAUUCAACUACUUCAAGGAACCAGCAGAUUUGCAAAAAUGUGUCAAGGGGAUUCGAACCGUUCUAAAAGCAAUAGAAUCGAAAGCAUUCUCAAACUACAAGUAUGCCAAUAUGACCAGCAAAGAUAUUCUUGAUCUAAACUUGAGAUUACCAAUGAAUCUACGCGUACAUGGUAAAACAAGUUGGUCAUUAGAACAAUAUUGCAAGGACACCGUAAGGUCUAUGUGGCACUAUCAUGGUGGUUGUCAUAUUGGACAAGUAGUUGAUCCCGAAUACAAGGUUCUUGGAGUGGACGCGCUUAGAGUAAUCGAUGGAUCAACGAUACUUAACACUCCAGGAACUAAUCCUCAAGCUAGUGUUUUGAUGCUUGGAAGGUACAUGGGAGUUACAAUACUAGGCCAGUGGCUUGCAAGGGAAAAUAACAAGACUUAUUAGUGAGUCUUACAUUUUUGUUCACACCAACUUCAAGUUUGUAUUUUUGUUAUUCAAUUCUCAACGUACGUACUACAACAAUAAUAAGUCUUAUUUGGUUGGUUUAAAUAGAUGACACGUUCCAAGAUACAA